AUGAAUAUAACUGAAACUAUUCCAACAGCAGCAACGACGGCAUUAACUUUGAAAACUUCAAGUCAAGAUGCUCAAGCUAGUUGGUACGAAUUUCUUUCACCAACACAAGUCUUGACUGGACAACAACAACAACCACAAGAAGAUGAUAAAGAGAAAAAGAAGAAAAAAUGCCGCGAUCCAGAAAUACAUACAGAACUAGUUCAGUCAAACGCAACUCUUCAGCAAAACCAGAAACAAAUAAAAGAGGAUACAAAUGAUGAAAUACAAGUCCAUAUACCAGUUGAUAGAGUUUCUCAAUCGACACAGCAUAAAGAUAAACAUCAUGAUAGUCCAGUAAAUGAAUCAAUUAAACGUGAAAGAAAUGAAAUAUCAACAAAAGCACCAUCGAAUACAAUUGAUAAAUCUUUAAGUCAAUUAUCUCUUUCACAACCAUCACCGAAGAAACAAAAGACGAUAAAUAAUCAAGUUGAUCAAAUUGAACAAGUAACAACAAAUGGAACAUCAAACAAGAAAAAUUCGAAAUCCAAAAAACAAAUUAAUCAUAAUAAUGACGAUUCUUAUAUGCCUGAUUAUUUAAAAGUAAAAAAUCGUAUAUUUACACAAAUGUUAAUUAGUUCAUUAGGAGGUGCUGAUAAAAUUGUUAAACGAUUAAAUACAAGUGAAAAAAUUAAUUAUAUUCCUCAAUAUGCUUAUUUAAUUCAUCGUCUAUUCUAUGUACAGUUACAAGAAAGCCAAUGGAAGUAUUAUUAUGAUAUUGGUCUGAAAGAUAAUAUUUGGUCAGGACGUGUAUCUAAAAAAUGGGCUGCUAUGACUACAUCGCAAGCAUUACAACAUUUUGGUAAUCAACCAUUACCUCAAUGUAUGUCAGAAAUGAAUCCUCCAUUUAAUUUUACAACAAUGUCAGCAAUGAUUACAGCUGUUGUACGUAAAGGUCAACAUAAAUUAAAACAACAAUUUGAAUAUAAUAAAAAUAUGUUAAAAUUAAACUCAACAGAUCAUUGUCUAGUACAAAGUGUUUAUGAUUUCAAACCAAAUCAACAACAAAUUCGUUCUAUUCGUAAUCUAUGGAAAGCAAUCUAUAAUAAAAAAACAAAUGGAAGAACAAAUUGA